GAAGGAGAAGAAACUGAAUUGGAUUUUGCUGGUUUGCCAAGUUUGAAAAUUGUGCAGGUUUGCAUAUCUGAUGCAAAAUACAUUCCGAGAAAUGUUGAGGUCAAACCAGAUUGGGAUUACUUUUAUAUACUUAUCGGGGGAUCCACCAGGUAUUCAUACAAGCGAUAUCAUCAUAAGUCAAGAUCCUUGGUCCUUCAGACUACCAUGAGUACUUUAUCUGAAUGGUUUAUCAACGUGGUGACAAAGAGAACAGAGAAGAUCGAGUAUGAUUGCUGCGAAGGAAUGAGUGACAUUGUUAAGGAAUAUGACCAUGGGAGGUUACACAAACUGAAACAUCUCACAGUACGUGGUAGUCUUCUUGAUUCUUAUGUGUGCUUGAAAGAGUUGAUGAACACAAGAAGACGAGUUCAAAGAGGACCAGUGUAUGGGAAUUUGGAAGAGUUGCAUCUGAUAAAUCUGAUCGAGCUUUAAGGAGUUGUGUGUUGGUAAGUUACCAUCUGGGUCUCUAUUCAGUCUCAAGGUGUUUCAUGUGUUUCUCGCUAAUAUGUUGAAGAAUGUAUCAAAAUUUGUCCAGAGCUUACCAAGUCUGGAGAAAUUAGAUUUAAAUUGUCUGCGCGGAUUGGAAUAUGUGUUUGGAUGCCAUGGGUGGGAGAAAGAACAAUCAAGACUGAGGGAGAUGCAUUUGAUGGAUCUAGAUGCACUAAAAAGGAUAUGUAGUGGUCCUGCCCCACAUGCAAUGUUCAAAAGUCUAAAAUUUUUGACCAUUUACCGGUGCAAGCUGCUGCAAAGUCUGUUCGCAUCUGAUGUAGCCCAAUGCCUCUUUCAAUUGGAAGACCUUCUUGUAGAGGAUUGCCCUUUGUUGAAAAAAGUAAUGGAAGAAAAGGAGAAGACGGUUCUACCAAAAUUGAAGAACUUGGUUUUGAAAAAUCUUCCGAUGUUGUAUCGUGCAAGUGAUACUACUGUUGAUAUUGAUAUUGAUAUUGAGUGUCCUUCAUUGGAACAAUUGAUGGUGGUGGAUUGCCCCAUGCUUCCAUUUUCAACCUCUUCCGUUCACUUGCGCUCCUUGGAAAGCAGGAACAAGAUUUUAUUUUCAACCGCUUCUAACUACUUUGGCAGCACAUACCCAGUCCAACUUAAUGAUAUACAACUGUACCAAAAUCUACAGGACAGAACAUCUGGUUUCCAAGCGUGAUGUCUCUCAGCUUCUGACUUCCAGAGCAGGAAGUAACCCAGUUCAACUUUAUUUCUUUGUCCAGGGUUGGUCAUCUUGCUGAGGCUGCAAAUCCAAUUGAGAAGCUUUGUUGGAUUGUGACUUUCAAAACAGCCAAAGAGUUUGCAACAGUCAUUCUAGGAACAUUGAUGACAUUUGAUUCUUGCCGCUGGUAUUUGUAAAUAAAAUUGUUAAAAAAAAAUCAAGAAUACUGUAAUAUUAUAUAUGCUGCAAUUGAAUGAUGGUAGUUGUUCUGCUGCAUUUCUGAUUUUCCAAUU